GCUGAUGACUUGCACCCUCCAUAACACAGCUCACAUCACAGCUCACAUCACGUCUUCAUCCAUCCCCAUGCUGUAGUAGAUCUCCUCAUGAUGGCUGCAGGAGCCGCGAUCUGCGUGUUUAUUCUCUCCUGCGUCCUGUCUCCAGGACAGAUGACAGUGAUCCGGUCCAGCUCCAACCCUUUAAUGGCUGAAAACAUGUGCUCGGACUGUACCAAGAUCCUGGAGCUUUUUUCUGACAUGAUCUCGCAACCACAUGCUCAGGAGCUUAUCCAGGAGUCUCUGAACAAUGUUUGUCGUCGUCUUCCAGACCCCCCGACUGUUAAUGAGUGUGAAAAUGCAGUAAAAAUUUAUCUGCCUUUAUUCCUAGAAAGGUUCCUUGCCUUCACUGCUCAUAAGGAGGGUGAGAUAUGCAGUGUGCUGGGACUGUGUGCCGUUCAAUCAGAAACCCUAAAAACCCCCAAAACCCCGGAGCUGCCCAGUGUUGGGUUGGACGGAAAUGGAUUCCUUCAAGUGCAUCCGUCGACUAGAACCAGUCCCGAGUUGGAGGUCAGUCCCCAGUGCACCUUCUGCCUCUUUCUCAUGAAGAAGCUGGAAGACAUGCUGCCGAAGGAGAGAACCGAAGAGACCGUGGUAAAGCUGCUGGAAAAGAUCUGCGACCACCUCCCUGAGCACUACAAAGACCAGUGCAACCAGCUCCUGGAGAAAUACGGCAAGGAGAUCAUCGACUUCCUGCUCACCUCCGCCACGCCUCAUACGAUAUGCGCUUUGAUUCAUUUGUGCCUCUUCCAGGAGACGCCUGCCAUGGUGCCGUAUCUGCCUUCAGACUGCCAGACGUGUAAAACCCUGGUGAUCCUCAGCCAGUUCCAUCUGGGCCGGAAUGCCAGCGAGCCUCAGGUGUCCAGCGUCCUCCACAAGAUGUGCCAUCUCCACCCGAACGCCCUACCAGGGUGCGAGCCGUUUGUCCUUCGUCAUGCCAAGGUGCUAGUGACCAUUCUGGGCAAACAAGAGGAAGCAGUAAAUGCAUGCCAGAAGUUCUUCUGUCUGGGACGUGAAUAAUAUGAUGGAUCUUCUAGCCCCGACCUCGUAACGUUUGCUACUUGAUUUGCAAUCUUAUGCUGUACUUGAAGUUAUGACAUCGACCAAAAAUAAUAAUAAUAGUGUUUUUCAUACACAAGAUUUUACAUGCUACUGAAUUUAAUCAUGCUUUUAAAAAAACUUUGUUUGUUUUGUAUGAAAAAUUGCUUUUUUAUUAAAAAAUUAAAUUAAAUUUUACACCCAAAUGUGAUUAUAUGUUAAUACUUUACUGACUCACCCAGUACUAUAAAAGUCAGGACAGUAAGGUAAGUACAAAUAAAAACACAAAG